UCGAUUCUAUUAACAAUCGUCUGCUAAAGUUGUUUUAACAGCGUGUGAAAAUCAAAAUAAAAUUAAACAGUGAAGUGUUAUUUUUCGCUAGUUCGCGCGUAGCUUUAAAAAGUGUUCAAAUAAUUCAACAGGGCAUGCUUUAGAAAGUAUAUAUUCACUUGAAGUUCAGGAAUACCGGCCUUCAUGUAUUCUACUGACUGUAAAACAUGUUUACCUUUUUUAGUAAACGUUUUAGAAAAAGUUCCCAAGUCCCCAAAAGAAACCAGUGCGACAGUGCCUCUCGCUAUAGUAAAAAUGUGAUACCUUGUAAAGUUAUUCUUUUAGAUGGAUCAGCACUUAAUGUUGAAGUUACUAAAAAGGCUCUUGGAUCUGAUUUGUGUGAACAAGUCUUUUAUCAUAUUGACCUCGUAGAGAAAGAUUAUUUUGGUCUUGAAUAUACUGAUGAAUUCAAUAUUAAGCACUGGUUAGAUCCUACAAAAGAAAUAAAAAAGCAAUCAAAAGGAGCUGUGCCAUUUGUUUGCUAUUUAGGUGUUAAAUUCUAUUCAUAUGAGCCUACAAAUUUACGGGAAGAGUUGACCAGGUAUCUAUUUUUCUUACAACUUAAGCUGGAUGUAUUAAAUGGAAGACUGACAUGCUCUUAUGAAUUGAAAAUUGAGCUCUCAGCUUUAGCCUUACAAUCUGAAUGUGGAGAUUAUGAUGAAACAGUUCAUAACCUUGGAUUCAUAUCAGAGUUCAGAUUCUCUCCAGAUCAAACAGAGGACAUGGAAAUAGACAUUCUUGAGCAAUACAAAACUUGCAGAGGCCAGACCCCAGCCCAAGCUGAACUUAAUUACCUGCACAAAGUAAAAUGGUUGGAAAUGUAUGGCGUCGAUAUGCACACAGUAUUGGGUAAAGAUGCAAAUGAAUAUUCAUUGGGCCUAACACCUACUGGAAUUCUAGUCUUUGAAGGUAGCACUAAAAUUGGUUUGUUUUUUUGGCCAAAAAUCUCAAAACUAAACUUCAAGAGCAAGAAGCUGACUCUCGUUGUAGUUGAAGAUGAUGAUGAAGGAAAAGAACAAGAGCACACAUUUGUGUUUCGCCUUCACAACCCAAGGGCUUGUAAGCACUUGUGGAAAUGUGCCAUAGAACAUCAUGCUUUUUUCCGCUUGAGGGGACCAGCGGUCGAACCUAGCUCAAAACAAGGCUUCGUGCGCAUGGGCUCUAGAUUUAGAUACAGUGGCCGUACUGAAUUUCAGGCCACUCAGCACAGCCGUGCCAGAAGAACUGUUCAUUUUGAGAGAAGGCCGAGUCAAAGAUAUUCCAGACGUCCUAAUUCUAACCAUACCAUAGACAACACUUCAAAACACGUUACUGUGUCGUCUCAAGCAAUUGAGCCCAUAAGAAACACCCAACAGCCUUCUGUAAAUAAAUCUGAAGUAAAAAAAAGUCCCUUAUUAGAAAAAAAGCCAGAAGAUAGAAUUACAGAACUCAUCAAAACAAUCGCCAAAGAUGUUUCAUCUGCAGAAAAAUGCAAAGAGUUUUUACCACUUGCUGUCAAUAGUACAGAAAAUACUACUUUGUCUGAAUCAGAAAUUCUAGCCUGUAAGUUGAAGGCUCUAGAUUCUUCACCGUCUGCCAAACUGAGGAAAGUCCCUAAAUCAGGUGGAUGCAGCAGUGGUUCCAAAGAUGUCAAUAUUCUUCCCAACAACCAAAUGUUGCCGAGCAGCGGAGGAGCAAAACCUAUUCCUUUAAACCAGAUGAAGUGCAACAUUUUGAAGUCAAAAGUAAAUGAAGAAAAGACAAAAAAUAGUGAGAAACUGUUUUGUUGCUCUGAUGAGGAAUUGAACAUACUAUCGCCUUCUCUCAAUAGCUGCUGUGAUAAGGAAAGAGACAAUUGUGAUACUUGUAAAAAGGCAAAGAAAAAGGAAGAACUCCUCCUUAUAAAAGAUUUGCAGUCUCCUGCAGUGUCCAAAAAAGGUAUUUUGGAAGAUAGACUCUCACCUUGGCAUGUAUCAUCUUCUCAACCUGAUACGUACAUCUUACUAACAACUGAAUUAUGAUACUUCUUAAAGAUUCAUGAUACAUAAUGUUCCUUACAAGUAGGCUGCUGUGAAUAAGUUUUAUCUCAUGGACGGGCGUUUUAAAAAAGAAAACUUUUUCUACCUACCAUCUUAAUAACAAUGGUUUUUUAAUAUUCCAGAAUUUGCCUCUGUUAGCAUUUGAUACAUUCCAGAAAUUUAUGUUUUUAUAUUUAUAAUUGUGUGUGUAACAAGUAUGAAAUAAAAAAUAUAUAUUUAUACUAAA